GAACGACCUUCUCUACCUAUCCAUUUGGUGAUUGUAAACGAAGGAAACGAAAAUGGGGUUGAAGGGUGUAGUGAAGCAAGGAAUGGGCUUGGGGGAGAUGGCGUCCAAAAAAGAGGGAGGAGUCAUCAACUGGUUUCCCGGCCACAUGGCCGCCGCCACCCGCGUCAUCCGCCAAGGCCUCAAGCUCUCCGACCUCGUCAUUGGAGUCCGAGACGCCCGACUACUGGAACUUGUGGAGUUCAAACUAAAAGAAGUGAUUUCCAGGGAGCCUACCCUCCUUGUUACGGUUGUUGGUGUUCCUAAUGUUGGGAAAUCAACUUCAGUCAACUCAAUUCAUCAAAUUGCACUGUCCCACUUUCGUGUUAAGCUUGCAGGGGAACAUGAAGCGAGCCACUGUGGGUCCAUUGACUGGUGUUACUCAAGAUAUUGCUGGAUACAAGAUCAAGAGCUCAGGUUUUCCUCUCAGAUUGCCCAUCAGCCAAGCAUUUGUGUCAUCGAGACACCAGGAAUACUAGUGCCAAGCAUUCCCAACUUAGAGAAAGUGUUAAGGCUAGCUCUUGCAGGGUCCGUAAAAGACUCAGUGGUUGGUUGGUGAGGAGCGUAUUGCACAAUACCUGCUUGCUGGUUUAAACACUGAAGGCACUCCACUUCACUGUUCUAAAUAACAAGAUGGAAGAGAUUGACCCUUCUUCUGAGGAUAAACAUGAGUAUAAUUUAAAAGACUUUCGGCCAAGAAGGAAGAAGCUGCCAAAUGUGUCUGAUGUGCUUUAUGUUGAGGAUCUCAUAACGGCAGUCCAGCAUGCACGGUCUAACUCUCAGAAUUCAAUGGCAGCAUGGAAGAUGAGAAUGAUUUGGAGUACCUAAUAGAAGAGCAAUUCGAAGCGUUACAGAAGGCCCUUGAAGUACUUCAGAAAGCAUCUGAAGUGCUCUUAAUGGUAUCAAAGAAGUUUCUUACAUUGUUCAGGACGGGUAAACUUGGUUCCUUUGUGCUUCUUGAUGUUCCUGGUUUCUAACCUGUAUCAUAGUGUAACUUAACA